CAAUAUGAGUAACAACUCUGGUUGUAUGGUAUUCACGACUCCAUUUAAAAUGUUGGGAUUCUUCUUUUGUAUGUAUCUCAUUCCUAAGCUCACUCCCCACUGAACGAUGACAAAGCCGAAGAAAGUACCGAUUUCUACGUUUUUCCUUUUUUUGCACACAGACUUUCGCAUUUCCUGGGCAAAAAGAGGAUGAAUUCAGUUUUGACUUAUCGCCACACCCACGAUCUCAUGCGGUAAGUCAAGCAUUAAUUCCAAGUUCAGACAUUGCCUAUUGGUUCAGCAAAGUUUAUGAAUCGAGAUAAGUGUGUGUUCGUCGAAGAUACUUUUACAGGAGAGCUCGUGCUUGGACUUUGCUGCACUGGCGCGAACCGGUCGCUUCGUCGACAAGACCCACCUCAUAAAGUGGUUCGACGCCCAGGAGAACUCAACGCUCAUGACCGCGCCGAAACAUUUCGGCAAAUCCACCAGCCUAGACAUGCUGCGCCGUUUCUACCAUCCUCCAGUCCACAAGAACGGAACCCGAAUCCCGAAACAUAAUUCAUCCAACUACAAACUCUUCACCGACAUCUAUUUCACCACGAAAACUCGCCUGGCAGUCAACCAAAACCCGUUCUUCGACAAGCACUUCGCCUCGAGGCCGGUUCUCCUCCUGAAUUUCACCACGCUCGAAACCCGAACAUGGGAGACGUUCGUCGCUUCCGUCCGCCGAAUGUUCGUCGAUGCGAUCGGGGACAUGCCGUACCUUCGCAGCGACAACCCGAACGACGAAAGCCGCAAAUUCUUCAUCGACCAACUCGAAGGUCAGGCCCGCGUUGAGAACGCGGCCGUGGAGCAGAUCAACGCGUACCUUCUGACGUUCCACCUGAACGCGUACUUCAACGCAACCGGUUUGCUCCUCCUGAUAGACGACCUGGACGCACCCUUGCGGCGAAUGCUGGAACUAGGCAUGGACGCGGAGCAGGGUCCAAUGGUGGAGUACCUGAACGAUCUGGUCCGUGCUCUAGUCAAAGGGAAUCGUCACGUCUGGAAAACUUUCGCGGUGGCCCGGUUGCCACCCUCGCACGUGUACCGCGACAUCGACAACCUCAAAAACUUGACGUUCCAUUUCCACCCGGAAGUUGCAGUGGCGUUCGGGUCCCGCGAGGAGGAGGUACGCACUCUUCAGCAACAGUUCCCGAAUCAGAACAGCAGUCUGCCGGAAGCCAGGAAGACUUACGGCGGCUACAAGGUCGAGGAUACGAGGUUCGGGAACACUUUUGAGGUGUUUAAUACUGCGUCGGUUGUGAGGUACUUCGAGACUGGCCUGGAUAAGGUCUACUGGAGUGCGGACAGCGAGGUGCCUUUCGCAAGUGUUUUUAAGAUCACGGAGGUGAUGCGAUUUUUGAGGUCUGCGAUACUUGGAUACGAGGUGCGGAUUGUGUACGAGGAAGCGAUGACCUAUGAUAAAUUCGCGAGCUUGAAGAGUGCGUUGGAUCGGGCGAAAAAGUCGAAGGGAGACGUCGUUGUUGAGCCCGUCAAUGUUCAUUUGGUCGUUCAGUAUUUAUUCGAGCUGGGAUACUUCACACUUGUCAGCAAACACAAACAGGAUAUCAUAUUGGCGUUGCCGAACGUAGAGGUGAAAAACAUCUUGAUCUCGCAUUUCACGGCGGCCGUGGCCGACCUCUUCGGGAUCCGGGAGGACGACCACGAGGAAUGCCUGGACGCAAUCCUGGGACUGACAGGAACCCAAGAGUCCCAAGCGAAGUUAAUCGGGAGCAUCGCGGACCUGUUCGCCCGGCGACGACCGUUGACGACGGACGAUCUGCUGACCCCUCUCGUGGCGACCGUCCUAAACCAGUACUUGGUAGGACCCAAAGUGGAGAUAAUCGUCUCGGGAGAGCAAACGCCGACGCUGUCCAAACUGGUCGUCCUGCGGACGGACGAGGUGGCUAACGAACACACGGGGAUCAUCAUCCAGGCCGCGGUGCACGGGAGUUCCAGGGAGGCCCUGAAUCGCACCAUCGCCGGCAAGGAUUUCAAAGCCUUCUUCGAGAUGACCAAAGGAAGCAAAGCUGAAGGCAUCCAGAGUGACAUCGUUCUCGUUGGGCUCAAUUUCGGAGAGAAGAAAGUAUCCGGGAGCUUCAUGUACAGCGACGGAUCUGAUUUCAAGUCCAGUGAUAUUGAGUGUGACGUAAAGUCGUGGGGCGAGAGUAAGAGUGCUAAAUCCAAAAUGGGCCUCUAUAUCUAAUGCUUUUCAGUCUUCCGUCCCGGAAUAAUAAUAUUAAAAUUUUAAAGGAAGAUAAAGAAAUCUUGCCUUAUUAUUGACGCGUGGCCGUAUUUCUGCCAAACGGCGAACUAUGUGCAUUAAGACAAGAGCCCCUAGACCCGUAAGAAUACAUGCAUGACAGAGCUUACGUCAUAAUGCACAUAGUGGCAGAAAAACAUGGAUAUAUUUUCUGUCAAACUGUAUGAUUUUAAUAAAAAAAAAGGUAAUUCAUUUUAAUUAAUAAACAUUUUCCUUUUCAUGACGCAGCAACAAAAAUGCCCUUAAACCUCCCUUACUUAAUCCCAGUGUAAACUACAUGAAUUCUCCCUUGGGAAAGGCGCUGUUUGAAGAAUGACUGGAAUAGGUACAGUCCCUAACGAUUGGAUGCAACAAUAAGGGCUCAUGUGUUGUUUUCUUGCAUACGCAAGUAAAAUGAAGGCGAUUCAUCUUUCCAUACUGCAUGAAAGUAUCUCACAUCAGUCGAUACCAUAUUUCGUCGAGGAGUUCAUGUAAAUUUCGUGAAAGCAGGAAAAUAAAAGUUAAUUUUAAAAUACAAAA